UGUCAGGACGAUGAAAGGCGGGAACACUUGGAGGUGUGCGCAGAGGGCGGGGUCAUCGUCCAGCAGCUGGCCCGGAGGAUCGUAGAGGACGGCGGGGCGGCGCUGAUCGCCGACUACGGCCACGACGGAACCAAGACGGACACGUUCAGAGGUUUUAAAGGUCAGCAGCUCCACGACGUCCUGGCCUCCCCCGGCUCGGCCGACCUCACUGCCGACGUUGACUUCAGCUACCUGCGGAGGAUGGCUGGAGGGGGCGUGGCCUGUUUGGGACCUGUCACUCAGAGGACGUUCCUGAAGAACAUGGGCAUCGACACACGAAUGCAGGUUCUGCUGAGGAACUGCAGUGACCCGUCCACCAGGAAGCAGCUGAUCAGCAGCUACGACAUGCUGACCAACCCCGCCAAGAUGGGCGAGCGCUUCCACUUCUUCAGCCUGCUGCACCACAGCCGCCUCGCCAAACCCAAGAGAGCGACGGGGAUGAAGCUGGAGAAGACGAGCCCGGCGCCGCUGCCCGUGGCCGGAUUCACUGAGCUCAGCUUCUCCUAGAGCGUCAGAAACUUCUGGAAACAACUGGAAACUUGUCAGAUCUUUUCUAGUCAAGUAAGUGAGGGAGCUGAAACAGACUUUACAGAAGAUCUAAGAUUUCUGGAUUCCGUAAUAUCCACUGUUCACCAGUGCAGCUGCAGGGGGCGCUGUUGCCCAGUAAUACUCACAUGUUGCUUUACAUGUGUCUGGAAUCUAGAGAAGAAGCAGAAUAUUGUUGUUCUCGACCAGAUUGAAAUUAUCUGAACUUAAAACUUUUCUGUUCAAGUCGGUUGUAAAAAGCAUUUUAAGGUAAAAGUUCAAA